AUGGAAAAAAAAAGAUCUCCAAUCCAAAUCACUAGAAGUCUAAACCAGAUAAUGAUCACCAGGAAACCGUAUAGAAUACGAAGUUUUAUCAAUCGAAGUUAUUCCAUAACAAGAAACCCAUCAAAGAUAAAUCGAAACAUUUCCACUCAUGAUCGAUCUACAACCAACGUACUAAAGAGAAAUCAAAGACGAUUAAAAGAAUUUGAAAAUAACAUUCAACUUGCAGAACAGUUCAAGACUCAUAGACAAAAUGUGGUGGAAAUCUUAAAGGAUGAAAAAAACAUAGAUGCAUUAUUUGAAAAAGAAGUGCCAAUAAUAGUGAAUGAUUACGAGAAGUUAACUGAGGAAAUGGGAGCAUUGAGUUUUAAUGAUAUUGAGAUGAGAAAUACAAUAAUGUUAGUAUGUCAUUCCUUGGUGGAGUCAAUGUACAUUGAAUUAACUUUGUCCAAACUUGAAGAUAAACGAAUAAAACCAUACCUAGAAGAAAUCAAACUGUCGCAUUGGUUUGAAUCACUAGCUGAAUAUCGAUUUCGCUUCUACAACUUCAAGUCAUCACAAUUUCUAAGUUCUACUGAAUCAGACAUGAGUACGCAAGUUAAUGGGAACAAUUUUGUGAGGUUCAAUCUGUGUCAGAAAAAUUCCCAUGAAUAUAUUAAAAAGUUUGAAAGAUCAUUUGAAAAAUAUAAAAAAGCACAGAAUGAGCCAAUGUCACAUAUUCAACUAGCGACAAAUCUUGUCCAGGAUCUAUUGUGUACUCACGAGUAUAUACCAACAACAGAAAUAUGGCACUAUUUGCUAAGAAAUUUAGGUACUUUGAAAUUAUACAAUUACCAGCAGAUUAUUUAUUUGUCACUUUUCCAAUAUAAACAUCAACCAACAAUUCUUGCCACACCAAAAGAACAAGACAGGUUAACUGCACCGUUGAUGGCGGAUCAUUUUAGUCACUUGAUAGAGGAUUUCCCGGAAAUAUUAAGCACAUUGUGCCAAUACCAAGAAGUGAGAAAAGAUAAACGAACUUUUAUAGAACUCUUGUCAUUUUUAAAAUUGGAUAAAUUGGCAGGAGAAGUGAUGGCUAUAAAAAGUCCUUUAUUAUCGAAAGCCAAAUAUAAAUUGCCAGCUAUAUGUCCUGGAAUUGAACUUGAAUGCAAAGAUUUGUUUAUUUCACGUGACUGUCUAUACCUGAUUAUGAAGUCUGCUAUCAACUUGGAGUUAUACGAGUAUGUCGAUUUAUUAUAUGAUAAAAUUGUAUUGGAUUCGAUUGACCCAUAUCGGAUCCAAUUAAAUUAUGAAGAAAAACGGUUAGUUGAAGGAUCAAUUUUUACACCAGAGUUGUUUUUAAUCAUGUUGGAAGCUUGUAAGAAAUCCAAAGAUUUGGGUAGAGUAUUAUGGUUGAUGCCCUUUUUGGAUGAAUAUGUGGGCAAAAAUUCUGUGCCAGUCACAUUGAAGAAUUCAAUCUUGGAAGUACUAAAGACUUUUAAUCUUGAAGGGAAACUUGUUUCAUAUCAAAAAAUCAUGUAA